CGGCGACGCAAAGAGAGCGAGAGCGAGCUACUAGAUGGCGCCACCGUGGCCUGGCCUCCCUCUCAUCCUUCCUGCCGAGACCGAGACCGGCCGGUCGGGGCGCAGGAACACCUCGCUUUCCGGCCGUGAUCCGACCACUCACCCUCCCCCGCCCACUAACCCAUUUAUAAACCAGGCAAGCCACGAGCUUCAAACCGCAUCAACGACAAGCACAACCGCCCGGGUACAAAGCUCCACGGAUUCGCGGUCCCAGCAGCUCGCGCCGCGCCGGACGGAGGACCUGCAAGUUUUGCUCCGUGCAAGGUUCGACCCUGUCCAUGGCCGCCGGCGUGGGCGGUGGUCUCGGGGCGACGGGCUUCGCCGCCGGCGCCGCGGCGGGGACGGCGACGGCGACGGCCAUCGAGGACCUCCCGGCGGACGUCCUGGCGCUCGUGCUCCGGCGCCUCGACGGCGCGUCGCUGGCCGCCGUCGGGUGCGCGUGCGCGGGCCUCCGCGGCCUCGCCGCCGACCCGGCCACCUGGCGCGGGCUCUGCCUCGCCAUGUGGCCGUCGGUCCGCGGCGUCCCGUUGCGCGGCGGCGGGCACCGCGCGCUCUUCGCCGACGCCUUCCCGUUCCCGGCUGCCGCGGCCGUCCCCCCGGGCGCGGCGGCGCCGCGGUCCCUGCCGGCGCGCCUCGUCUCGGCCGUGGACCUGCACCACGGCGGCGCCUGCAUCCUGUCCCGCGUCGUGGAGACGGACGCCGCGUCGGACUGGUUCCUGGGCGCCCCGUUCCGCGUCGACGCGCUCGUGCAGGAGGGCUUCUCGGCGCCGUCCGCGGUCGCGCCCGCGGACCUGGCGCUCAGCUGGAUCCUCGUCGACCCGGCCACCGGCCGCGCCCUGAACGCGUCCAGCCGCCGCCCCGUCUCCGUCGACCGCAAGUGGCUCACGGGGGACACCGUGGCGCGGUUCGCCGUCGUGCUCGGCGGCGGCGUGGCCCUGGAGGCCGCCGUCGUCUGCGACGAGCGCUACGGCCACGUCCGGGAGGUGAGCCUGUGCGCGGAGGACGGCGACGGCGGCGGGGUCAGCGGCCGGGACGCGCUCGCCGCGGUCGCCGCGGCCAUGGCGGGCGCGAGGCGGGGCCACCGCGGCGCGGAGGACGAGACCAGGCUGCGGUACGAGGAGUUCGUCAGGGGGAAGAGGGCGCGCAAGGAGUGGAAGGCCAGGCGGGACAGCAUGCUCGACCUCUGCUGCUCCGGCGUCGGGGCGGCGGCGUUCCUCGGCUUCCUCGUCAUGCUCACGCUCCGGUGACACGUCCGCCGCGCCCGGGGGAUGAACACCCUGAUGGCGUUGACUUGUACAGGGAAUGUAAAUACGAUUGUGUUGCUGUAGCUGUAGGUUAUACGGUCGGUUGUCGACAAUGAAAUGUACAGCUGAAAGUUGCCAUCAGAUAGUGGUAUCCUUUCACCGCUAUUAAUUUUGCAGAAAGCAGGUUUAAGAAAAGGGAAGUUGGUACAUUAUAUUUCUCAGAAAGAAAAGUUUGUUCAAAA